AUGGAAAACAAAAACACAAGUAGUCUAUUGCAAGAAAUUCUUGAGUGUCUUCAAGAUGAAGAACAUAUAAAAUUCUUUGCAAGUGUACAUGGUAUAGCGGGGGAUCCAGAUGUUGAACGUAGAUUAGAACAGAAAGAAAUACGAGAGUAUUGUAAAUCUGAUGUUGACAUAUUAAGACGCGGCUGCCUGGCAUUCAGAAAUCUUGUUAUAGAAGCCACAUCCAUAAAGAAGGAAAACAGACAAAGGGAUGGGACAAUUAAAAUAUCAUCUACACUUGGAGUUGAUCCGUUUGAUCACGCUACAAUAGCCAGCGUGUGUAUGGCUAUAUAUAAAUCUCUUUUUCUGAAAGAAGAACUGGAAAUUGAGAUUAAAGGUUCUAAUUUAGACAGUCUGUCUUCGUGGCACACAAUUAAAUUAGACGAACAAAAUUUAGAAUUCAUAAACAUGAAUGGGGACAAUUUGUACAUUAAUGACUUAUUGAACGAUCCUAAUGUUCUUGUUGGUGAAACAAGAUUUGCUAAGAGUCAAAUAGCAGUUGUGCCCUCAACUGGUUACUCUUCAAAUGAUAAUUACAGUAAGAUAUCAAUUCAGUGGUUGGAAUGGAUCAUGGAACAAAAACGUCGACAAGGUACUCCUGUUUUUAUUCAGCACGCAUUGAAUGGAGGAGAGAUACUCAUACCAAAUACCAAAUACAGAUGUGAUGGGUUUUCUGAUGAAAAUGGAAAGAGGACAGUGUACGAGUUUUAUGGAUGUUUAUUUCAUGGCUGCCCUAGCUGCUAUCCAAAUGACAGAACUACAACGAAACAUUCAUUGACGAGUCAAUCAAUGGAAGAGCUCUAUACUGUUACGAAGAAGAGAGAACGAGAACUAAAGCGUUUAGGCUAUAAGUUAGUCACAAUUUGGGAACACGAGUUUCUUAAGCAACUAACAACACUUGAACCUUUGCAACUUUAUGUAUCAAGUCUUGAUAUCCAGGAGAGGUUGAAUCCUAGAGAUAGUUUCUUUGGAGGUCGCACGAAUGCUGUAAAACUUCAUUAUAAGGCUAAAGAUAAUGAACAAAUUCAUUAUUAUGAUUUCACCAGUCUUUACCCUUGGACUAACAAAUAUUGUAAAUAUCCCAUCGGACACCCUAUGAUCAUCACAGAAAAUUUUGGACCUCUUGAUAAUUAUUUUGGACUAGCAAAGGUUAAAGUUUUACCUCCAAAAGGAUUGUACCACCCUGUAUUACCCUAUACAUCUAAUGGAAAGUUAAAAUUUCCACUAUGUAGAAAGUGUGCAGAUGAUGAGAAUCAAAACAUUUGCAAUUGUUCCAUAAAUGAAAGAUGUCUUAUAGGAACAUGGUGUACACCCGAGUUAGAGGUAGCCAUUUCAAUGGGUUACAGAGUACUGAAAAUAUAUGAAAUAUACCACUUUGAAGAGGCUACACAAUAUGAUACAAAAAGUGGCGAAGGUGGACUUUUCUCAGAGUAUGUGAACAUGUUUUUAAAACUAAAACAGGAAGCAUCGGGAUUUCCUCCAGAAUGUGAAACAGAGGAGCAGAAACAAGAAUACAUCUGUCAUUAUAAAGAAAAUGAAGGUAUACUGCUGGAGUAUGACAAAAUUCAUAAGAAUCCAGGCUUGCGAUGUUUAGCAAAAUUGUGUUUGAACAGUUUUUGGGGGAAAUUUGGGCAACGUUUAUUGAUGCGACAAUCUAAUUUCAUCCACGAAUCGGAGACACAGAAAUUUUUUACAACUCUUACAGACGUGACAAAGGUUGUGAAUAAUUUUCAUAUAAUUUCGAAGGACACAAUACAGCUAGAAUGGACCGAUCAUCCUUUGUUUCCAGCAGCUGACUACAGAACGAACAUUUUUUUAGCGUCAUUUACUACGAUGUGGGCACGUUUAAAAUUAUACAGUGUUUUAGACAUUUUGGGAGAGGAUGUGCUAUAUUUUGAUACUGACAGUAUUGUUUUCAAAGUAUCAUUGCCGUCCGAUAUUCUUCUCAAACUUCCCAUAGGCAACUAUUUAGGUGAAUUGACAAAUGAAAUUUCUAUGGAAGAUGAAUUCAUAAAAGAAUUUGUUUCUGGUGGGCCGAAAAAUUAUGCUUACAGAACGAAGUCAGGGAAAGAAGAAUGCAAAGUUCGAGGAUUCACAUUGAACUGGAAAAAUUCAAAACUUAUAAAUUUUGAAGCUAUUCGUAAUAUGAUAACUACUCCAAACAAAUCUGUAGUUACUGUCUCAAAUCCAAAUAAGAUAUGUAGAGACAGUAGAAAACGAAAACUCUACAACCAAGUUGAAGAUAAAAAGUACCAAAUAGUUUAUACUAAACGAAGAAUUCUGUCAAACUUGGACACCGUUCCAUAUGGAUAUUAG